AUGCUGCCUUCUUCCGCUUCGCCAGCUGCUUCUUCAGCGGCAAUUCUUCCCUCCACCUUUUCCGGUCUUCGCCCACACGCAGCAGAGAGCCCUACUUCCGCCCUCGCGAUUUCCCACCCCGACGCCGCUCGCCCCUGCCGCGCACUCCUUCUGCCCGAACCUGCUUCCCUGUCGCCUCCUUCUUCACGUUCCCCUUCCUCGCUCUCUUCUGCUCGACUCGCGCGCGCGCCGGACCACCUUGCCAUCGGCGCCAAAGAUCCUCGGACACGCAGGCCUCUUCAGGCUGCGUAUUCGACAUCGGCCCUCACGCCUGCAGUCUCCCUCAGGCUCGAGAGCAGCGGCGCGACGCGCCUUGUUAAGACACCUCAGAGGCAUCCUGGCUGUCUGCCGAGCGCAGGGAGAGAAGAGGGCCUCCGAAUCGAAGACCACGACACUCCCUCUCUUUCCACUGAGAGAGACGGGAGCGCCGGCGGAGAUAAAUUGCAAGGCAAGACAGGAGAGACCGCUGGAGUCGCAGAAGCCACCCUGCGGGGAAAAACCGGGACGUCUUCCGCGCUGGAAACCCCCCUCCGAGGCGCUUCGCUUUCCUCGUCGCGUUCUGCGUCGUCUCUUGUUUCUCCUUCUCUUUUGUCUUCUCGGUCUUCCGCGUCUCUCCUGACUUCGUCUCUCGCCUCCUCGCUUCUUUCCUCCGCACCUGCUUCGUCCUUGUCUCUGUCCGUGGACAAACGCGCGGGAAGCAAGCUGACGCAGUCUUGGGGCUCGGGGAAUCCUGGCGAGAAAGGCCACAUCCUCGAUGCUCUCGCCGGCUCGCCUGCUGCCAACCGACAAAGUCGGUUGGAUCGAGACGCACCCGCAGUCGACGAGGGAACGGGAAGCAAGCAGACCACGCCGACCCCGCAUGCAUCUGUCAAGGCCCAAAUGCCUGCGGCACGAGAAACCAGCGUCGCCGAGGCGCUGAGGCAGGGAAAGACUGCCGAGGAAGCACGAACGGGAACGGCCAAGACGCGAGACGAGGCGCAGCAGGAAAGCCGCGAGGAGAGGAAAGACCGACUCAAGGAAGAAAUCUUGCAGCUAUGCCAGCGACUGAUGCACUCCAACACCCCCAGCAAAAUCGAGAAGCAGGCUGAAGGCGCUGCACAGACUACUGCUUCCCCACGACGAGAAGGACAGAGAGGGGACGAGAGAGAAGGAAAGAGAGAAUCAGACAGAGACGAGGAGAGGACUGAAACGCAGGGGUGCCGGACGAACUUUGAGUCGUCCGUGUCUCCGCCGCGCUUGCCGUCUUCGGUGUCUGCUCUUUCGUUUGAGACAGGCAGCCCGUUGUCGACUACACAGACUCUUGCCACGUCUCUUGCUUCGCGCUCUUCUGUUUCGUGUGGCAAGGACCGUGCGGGUUUUCGGAAGAACCACGGCUUUUCGUUGUGUUCGCUGUCGACGCUUUCCUCGUUUGAGCUGUCCGACGUCUUUGCUUCGCCGCCCAAACACGGCAGCGGCGCACCUCCGUCGCUUCCGGGCUGCUCUCCGGCUCCUCAAAAAGCGGAGGAAAUCGAGCCGGGCGACGCAGAGGCAGAAAGCCAAAGCACGCCCAUCCACGAUACACCCGAGGCGAACGAUGCGCAAUCUGUUCAACCAAGCUGCGCGCUGCUAGACCCGCGGAACUCUUCCACGUCUGAUUCUUUCAAAAACACGACACCCACUUCUUCCUCUUCUUCCUCUUCUUCCUCUCAUUCGUUUCCUUUUCCUGUUUCCUCUGGCGUGAACGCGAGGCCUCUUUCCAGGUCUUGGUCCUCUGUCGGUUCUUUUUCUCUGCGGCCACCGGGAGAACCCCCCCGACGUCCGUCGACUGCUGCGCAUGCAUCGGCGUUCCAGAGGACGAAUCGUCUCCCCGCGCAGGCGAUCCUUCCUCCCUUCCCUUCCCUGCCUUCGGCGUGCCCAGCGUCGCCGCCUCCAAAUCUGCUUCGCCUCCGAGAAGUUCAAGUCGCCGGCAUUUGCAGCCAACUCGCUCAAAAGGCCACGAACGCGCGCGUGUCUCCGGCCGCUAUCGACCAGGACUAUGCUGGGUGGCUGAGACUGCCUUCCUUUUCCUCUUCUCUCGCGUCUUCUGUGCGUGGAGAGCAGGGAGAGAAGACGGAAGGCGCGUGCAAGGGCAAAGAGCGCCUGUCUGUUUCGCGUGCAGGAUCUUCCGAGAGCGCAGCGAAGCGUUCGCUGCCGUCGAUGGAGGAGGAGGUGUACGUGUCUCGCCACACCCUCACGCAGUCUUGUGCAACGCAGCUUUCCAUGCUCCGCGACCAGACAGGCCAACGUGUGAACAUUCAAGCGCAGCUGAUGGAGCAGAUCGUCGCGGGGGCGAUGCCGCGACAAGUUUUUGAACACUUCUUCGGACAGGGCGUCCCGGUAGAAGCCAGCGUUUCGCGAUUUCUCGAAAAACGACGCAUGCAAAACACCACCCGACGCGUCAAAGAACACCUCGAGAAGAAAGUCCCGGAGUUUUUUGCGUCGAAAGGCGUGCCGCUCGGGACGUGCUCGCCGUGCGCGCUCUUUCGGGCAGCGUUUUGCUACUUGGCGCAGAUUUCCAACGCUGCGGCGCGUAAGGGACAGAACCGCCGUCGCUCCGCGGAGACGGCUCUACCGACUCCCGUGCUGCCAUCUUCUUCUUCUUCUGAAUCCUUCGCGUCGCUCUUCACCUCGGCCUCUUUCGCGACGUAUCUCUCGCAGUCCGCUCUCUGCGACGCUCUCGAGAAGCUGCAGUGGUGGCCGAAAGAGGUGAACGACUUCGACAAGAAAGAGGUGUUGCUUUCGCUCGCUCUCGCGGACGAGUGCGCGCACGGGAAGGCUGCUCUGGCGCGCGACCGGCUGCUUCCCCAGGGCGUCACGGAGCGCGGGUGGAUCCUCGGAUUCCUCACGCUGCCUUUCAAUCUCCCAGACUGGCCCGUGACUCUGGACCUGCUUCCUGCAGAUCCAGGCCGCAGCUCGGCCUUGCCUUUCCUUUCCGCCGUCGCGUCUCCUGCCUCUUCUCGCCUCCGGUGUACGCCCUACCUGCUUGUGCAUGCGCCGAAGGACUGUGCUCGCCUCGACGCGACGUGCUUUUGCGGAUUUCUACACCUCUGUCGGGUGGCGCUCCUCAUUUGCUCGGCGUUCGGCGAGAAAGUUUCCGAGCACUUUCCUUCGCUUUUGCGGCGUCUCUCUGAGAAAGGCGAGUCUCCGGAGUCGGGACCGGAGACGGAUCGGAAACUUGCGACGCCUCACAAAGCGACGCUCCGCGAGGAAGAACGCGGCGGCGAGACGGAGAAGAAGCUGCUGCCGUGUCCGUUGGAAGUCUCUGCGUACGCGCUGUCGGAGUUGACGCUCGUGGGGCCGCGAAGAGAGAAGGAGGUGCGGGGGAGGCUGAGUUCCCGAGACAAGGAGGAGAAGAAGAAGUCCAAACAGGCGAUGGGAGGCGCACCGCGGCAUGCAGACGCCGGCGCACAGGAAGAGAGCAAGGCCAGCAAACGGAAAAGAUGCAAAAUCCCAGCGUGGCAUUUGUGCCAGGAUGUGCUCCUCAGCCGUCUCGUCUCCCUCGAGGAGUUGCAAGUGAGUUUGGAAUUGCUGUGCCCUGCCUCGUGGGUUGUUGCGGCGCUUCACUUUGUGGUGGGCGUCGCUUCGCGCUCUCUUUCACCAGCUGAAUGGCUGGCCCUCCUUCAUCCGUGCUCGCCCCUCGCGGCUCCUCUGGAAAUCGAAGAACUCGUCACGCGCUUCGAUCUCAAACACCCUCUCCCUUCCUUCGCUUCGUCCUCCACUUCGUCCUCUUCUCCCUCCUUCAUCAAAACCAACUUCCUCUCCUUCUUCUCUCUCGCGUCGCGCUCUUCCUCGUCUUUUUCGGGAGAUUCGCGAGUCUGCUGGUCGUGUGGAGAGAAGGGAGUCGCGGACGAAGAGAGGCCGAAGACGACUGAGGACGGCCUGCCUGCAGGAGAGAAGAAACCUGUCUCUGCGCCUCGUCGAGACUCGGGCACCGAGCGCAGUGCGGACACGCAGAGUCGCCUAGGUUUGCAGUGGCUGUCCUUCGAGAAGGGAAAAGGCGAGAAGAACAACUCAAGGAAACGCGGAACGCGCUUUUCGCUCCCUGCGUUUGCGAGGGCGGAGGACGACUCCGCGCAGAACCGAGAAGCUGAGCGCGCAAAAGACGAUGCAGAGCUCGGCAAACUGUCGGCGGCACUGCCGUUCUUCUCGCUGCUCUCCGAGGAAGACCAGGCAGUCCUCCUCGAGAAGGAGAAAGUGUACAGACAAACGCGCCGCUGGCUCGGCGCCUUCCUCGCCGAAUGCGCGAACUCGGAAACCACUCGGAAAGCUCUCGACCGCCUCGCCGUCGCAGCAGUCAGCGCCUCCGCCAUCGAACCUGGAAUGCCGCACGGGGGCGGCCCCGCUCUCCUGCCUCUCGUCACCGCCGGCGGAUCUUGUUGCUUCGACGUGUACGCGCUCCAAGCUUGCGCCAAAGUCUUCUUCGCUGUAGUCACCAAAUGCAAUCUCUUCUCGCUCCUACACGACCUCCUUUGA